UCCCCACUCCUCCUCCCCUCUCGACGAAGCGAGGAAGGGAUAGAAUCCCCCGACGCGAGCUCCAAACCCUAGCGCCGCGCGCCUCCGCAAUCCAGCCCGACGGUUUCCUCCUCGAUCCGCUGCGCCCUCCAAGUCCAAGGGCGCCCCCCGCUGUUGAAGCGGCGGCGGUUGCGGCGCGGGAGGGAGAGAGAGGGAGGGAGGGGCGCCUCCUCUUUCGGGCGGGCUCUCGAUCUGGAAGGCUCCCACCUGGCGCUUCCUCGGCGCCCCGCGCCCGGAUCUGCAGCGAUCCGGGAGGGGACGGCUCCGGCGAUGGCGGUGGCGAUCCUGGCGUGGUAGCGCCCCAAUUCGGAGGCCUUCCCCGGUGGGGGGAGGGAGAGUGCCGGAGGUUUCGUGGGGGUUCUCUCCGUGCGGGUCUCGCCCGUGGCGUCUGAUCGGGAUCCUCCUCCGGUGGUGGCUUCUUCGGCAGCGUUUUAGGAGAGCAGGCGCCCGGCAGGGCGGUUGAGGCACAAAAUUGCUUGCUUGCUUGUACAUGUUCAUGUGUUUAUUUGUUUGCCCAAUUUGUUCCGGUUUAAAGCAUCAGUUUUGCCGCUCAAUUUAAGGGCGAAGACAAUUUCUUUGCUAGUUACUUCUGUUCUCUAUCGAAUUAUCUGCUCUAUUACAGAAGAAAAAGAGGGGGGAAAGCAAUCAAAAAAAAGAGAAAAAAAACAAAAAGGAUAAAAAGAUAAAAUCAGAAGAAAAGAAAAAAAAAUAGAGUGGGUAAAUGGCUGUAUAUUACAAGUUCAAGAGUGCCAGAGAUUAUGACUCGAUACCAAUCGAGGGGCAGUUCAUCUCGGUUGCCAACCUGAAGGAGCGGAUUUUUGAGUCCAAGCAUCUCGGGAGAGGCACGGAUUUUGACCUCAUGAUUUCGAAUGCGCAGACUGACGAAGAAUAUGCUGAUGAAGCUACUAUGAUACCAAAGAACACAUCAGUGUUGAUUCGCCGGAUUCCGGGACGACCAAGGAAGCCUAUUGUGACAGAACCAGAAGAGAUAAAAGUGGCAGAAGAUAGGGUAGAAGAAAUCAUGCCUUCUGGUAGCACUUUUCUUGGUGAUGCAUCGAUGAAAUAUCCUGAAGAAUCUGAGUGGGAUGAUGAGUUUGGCAACGCUUUAUAUGUUUCUGAUUCAGUCCCUUCACAGACUGCUAGCCAGGCAGUUGAUGAUUCUGAAAAUAAAGUCGAUGAAGAUAGUAAAAUAAAAGCUCUUAUUGAUACUUCUGCACUUGACUAUAGUCAAAUUCCUGAUGGCUAUGGUGCUGGAAGAGGCUAUGGAAGAGGGAUGGGUGGAAGAAUGAUGGCUGGUCGAGGUUUUGGACGUGGUCUGGAACGUAGGACACCUCCUGCAGGCUAUGUUUGUCAUCGAUGUAAAGUACCUGGUCAUUUCAUUCAACAUUGCCCAACAAAUGGUGAUGCUAGAUUUGACAUGAAAAGGAUGAAACCCCCAACUGGCAUUCCAAAAUCUAUGUUGAUGGCAACUCCAGAUGGCUCGUAUGCACUGCCAAGUGGGUCUGGUGCUGUUUUGAAGCCAAAUGAAGCUGCUUUUGAGAAGGAGAUAGAGGGAUUACCCACAACCCGCUCACUUGGUGAUCUUCCACCAGAGUUACAUUGCCCAUUAUGUAAAGAAGUAAUGAAGGAUGCUGUUCUAACUAGUAAAUGCUGCUUUAGGAGUUUCUGUGAUAAAUGCAUUAGGGACUACAUUAUAAACAGGUCGAUGUGUGUUUGUGGUGCCACGAGCAUAUUGGCAGAUGAUCUUCUUCCAAAUAAAACUCUAAGGGAGACAAUCAGCCGGAUAUUAGAGGCACCACCAACUAGCAGUACGGAAAAUGUUGGAAGCAUGGUGCAAGUACAGGACAUGGAAUCGGCUCUACCUGUACAGCCCAAGGUUAGGUCUCCUGCUGUUUCUGCUGCUUCAAAGGAUGAGCCAAAACGAGCACCUGCGACUGUAGAAGAGUCUCCAGAUGCUGAGAGCCAUAGCGGAGUGAAAGCUACAACUGUUGAUUUGAGUUCUUCAGAUAAGAAGGCCCCCACAGCACCAGCUGUACCAGAUGUUGUUGAAGGAACAAUGGAAUCUAAAAUUUUAAAAGAAAAAACACCAGAAGCAGCGCCUAUUGUUGCAAAGGAGUCGCAGGAAAAAAUGCCUGCAGGUGAACAAGCAGUAAAGAAAAAGAAGAAGAAGAAGACACGUGCAUCAGGAAAUGCUGAGGACUGGAAACCAUAUCAGGACUUUGGAGCUGAAAAUUUUGCUGGGAUGCCUUUGGGUCCGGCAGGAGGCUUCAAUCCUUACUGGGGAGGUGGGAUGCCAUUGCCAAUGGAUUACAUGGGUACACCAUUUCCUGGUCCCAUGCCUUAUAUGGGUUAUCCACCGGGUCCUUUUGACCCUUUUGGUGGGGCAGUCCUCCCACAAGAUCCAUUUAUGCCCCCAGGAUACAUGAUGCCUGGAGUUCCUAGGAAUCUUUCUGAAUUAGCAGUUAAUAGCAUGGGAAUGAAUAUGGGCCCACCAGUUGUUAGCAGGGAUGAAUUUGAUCUCCGGAAACCUGAUAAUAGGAGGAGACGAGAAAUGGAGCGGUUCAAUGAAAGGGAGAGGGAGCGUGAACAUUCCCGCGAGAGGGAACGAGAGAGGGAGAGGGAGAGGGAGAGGGAGAGGGAGCGAGACCGGGAUCGGGAUCGGGAGCGCGACAGGGACAGAGAACCUCGGAGAGAAGCGAGGGAGUCAUCAGCAGCCAAUAACGAUAGUACCUCGAUGAGGCCGAAGGCUAGGUCAAGGUCGCAGCCGGACAGGUCGGAGCGAGCGGCGCCGCCUCCGCCACCGGCGGCCAGCCCCGACCGCCACUCCCGCCGCUCCUCGGGCUCCGGCAAGAAGCGCUCUUCCUCAGACCGCUACGACGACCUGCCCCUCCCGCCGCCACCGCCUCCGCCCCCGUCGCGCCACGAGGCGGCGGAGCACGCCCACGCGAAGGCGGCGGCGGCGGCCGACGCGCGGGCAAAGGCCAAGGGCAGCGUCUUCUCCCGCAUCAGCUUCCCCGGCGACGGCAACCCUUCCGACGCCAAGCGCAGCCGCAGGUCCUCCUCCGACAAGCCCCCGGCGUCGUCGUCUUCCUCCUCCAAGAAAGCGGCCGCCGAGGACGACAGCCGUCACCACCGGCGCCACCACCACCAGCGGGAGGCGGCCGCCGCGGUGGAGGAGGAGAGGCGGAGGCCCGCGGCCGGAGACUACUACGGCGAGGAGGAGGAGGAGGAGAGCGAGGAGGAGCAGCACUUCAAGCGGCGCCCCUCGUCGUCCUCCAGGCGGGAGCGGGAGCAGGAGGCGCAAGACGACGAGCCGCGGCACUCGCGUCGCUCUAGAGAGCGCGGCGGCGGCGGCGGCGGCCACAAGCGCCGGUGAGACGCCGCUGUCCUCCCUGCCUGCGGCUGGCAUACUCCUCGAUCUUUUGUCCGGCGACGAGUAGUGGAAGCAGCAGCUUAUCUGUGUGUCGUCGCCGGCGGUGCUUUGUCGGUGUUGUACAUUUUCGCCCUGAGAAUUAACUUAAAUUAAUCUGCUGUUUUUUUUCUUUUUUUCCUAUGAUCAGAUCGUUCGAACAAGAGGAUGGCUAUACAAUAAGCAUAUGGCCUUUGCUAUAUUUC